UGCUGGGAUUCCCCUUCUAGCUUCCAGCUAGAAACAUUCCUGUAUGUCAGCAAUUACACACACAAAAAAAAAAAAGAAAAAAAAAAAAAAGAAAAAAAAAAUCCCUCAUGUAAUGAAGAAUUCUGCUAGAGAGCUCCAACACUAGACGACUCUGGGUUGGAUUUUAUUACCCUGAUGAAAUUACACAAACAUUGCCUCUCCCUCCCUGCCUGCUGUGCAGCUGCUCGCUCUCUGCGCUUCCCCUGGGCUGCCUCCGCACUCUCCGCAGCCGGGCUGGGGACGGCAGAGAAGCGGGCAGGACCCGCUGGGCUCCCUCCCAGCGCUGGGGGCUCCUGGGCUGGCAUCCCCGGGGCUGCAUCAUUGGCAUGCGGCGGCUGGCAGGACUGCAUCGGCGCUAGAGGAGAUAGAUGCGAGCGCAGAGCCGCGCUGCGCCGCACCGCCCCGGGGCCGCUCCAGGACAUGACCUUCAGCACCACAAUGAAUCAGGAGAAACCUGUCAAGUCCUCCUAGCUCCCCGGCUGUGCAAUUUGCUGUUCCCUUGCUGUUCCCCAGACAGCAGCUUUUCUCACCCAAAGCACAGAAGCCAGCAAGUCACAAAUGACAGCUGAAAAGUGAAGCAUUACCAAAAGCUGCGUGAGACUCUGUCAAAGAGAACCUUUCUAUAUAAUUCUCCUUCCGAGCCUGGGAAGCUGUGCAUCCCAUCACUUCCAAAGAACGGAGAGAAGAUAUGUUCAAGUAACCAACACCAGAAAUUGCACAAAUCCAUACCCAUUUUAGAAUAUCUACACCGUGACCUACAGCAUUUAGAACUCUCCGUUCAGAAUGGAUGAUGGAUACAGAAACACAAACCAGGUCUCAGAUGACUACAGGUACCAGGAUGGCAACUACGACGCACCCAACGACGGCUACUACCGGGGCGGGGAUGAGCCCACGCAGGACGAGGAUGCCCAGAGUGAUGUCACAGAAGGCCACGAUGAGGAUGAUGAGGUCUAUGAGGGGGAGUACCAAGGGAUCCCACACCCGGAUGACAUUAAAGAGAAGCAGAAGAAGCGAGCCCCUGCCAUGGAUGAUGAGUACAGAGACCGUGCUGACCUUAUGGCCGAGAGGAUGGAGGAUGAGGAGCAACUUGCCCACCAGUAUGAGAACAUCAUUGAGGAGUGUGGCCACGGACGCUUCCAGUGGACUCUCUUCUUUGUUUUAGGGUUGGCACUGAUGGCAGAUGGGGUGGAGGUGUUUGUGGUUGGAUUUGUUCUUCCCAGUGCUGAGAAGGAUAUGUGCUUGUCUAGUUCCAACAAAGGGAUGCUGGGCUUGAUAGUCUACUUAGGAAUGAUGGUGGGGGCUGUCUUGCUGGGUGGCCUCGCUGACAAGCUGGGAAGAAAGCAAUGCCUCAUCAUAUCACUUGCAAUCAACGCUGCCUUUGCGUUCCUCUCCUCCUUCGUCCAGGGAUACGGAUUCUUCCUCUUCUGCCGCCUUAUCUCAGGCCUCGGUAUUGGGGGCACCCUCCCCAUCGUGUUUGCCUAUUUCUCUGAAUUCCUGUCUCGUGAGAAGAGGGGGGAACACCUCAGCUGGCUUUGCAUGUUCUGGAUGAUCGGUGGCAUUUAUGCUUCAGCAAUGGCUUGGAGCAUCAUCCCACACUAUGGCUGGGGGUUCAGUAUGGGAACCAAGUACCACUUCCACAGCUGGAGAGUCUUUGUACUCGUGUGUGCUCUGCCCUGUAUCGCCUCCCUGGUGGCACUGAAAUUCAUGCCUGAAAGCCCACGGUUUUUGCUGGAGAUUGGUAAACAUGAUGAAGCUUGGAUGAUACUCAAGCAAGUUCACGACACCAACAUGCGGGCCAAGGGCGAGCCAGAGAGGGUGUUCACGGUUUCCUAUAUCAAAACUCCAAAGCAAGUAGAUGAAUUUAUUGAAAUCCAGAGCUCAACAGGGACCUGGUACCAGCGAUGGCUGGUCAGAAUCACAACUACUUUAAAACAGGUCUGGGACAACGUGCUAUAUUGUUUAACAGCCCAGUACAGGAUGAACACACUGAUGCUGGCUGUGGUUUGGUUUACAAUGGCCUUAAGUUACUAUGGCCUUAUUGUCUGGUUCCCUGACAUGAUCCGCUACUUCCAAGAUGAGGCAUAUGAAUCCCGAGUGAAGAUCUUUGAUGAGGAAGAAGUGUCUCAUUUCACCUUUAAUUUCACCCUGGAAAACCAGAUCCAUAGAAAUGGGGAAUACAGGAAUGACAAAUUUAUUGGCAUGAAAUUCAAGGAAGUGAGAUUUGAGGAUUCAUUAUUUGAAGAUUGCUACUUUGAAGAUGUGAGAUCCAGUGAGACCUUCUUUGAAAACUGCACCAUCAUCUCUACUGUCUUUUAUAACACUGAUCUGUACGAACACAAAUUCAUCAACUGCAGGCUCAUCAACAGCACGUUCAUGAAGGAGAAGGAAGGCUGCCACAUCGACUUUGAGGAGGACAAUGAUUUUCUGAUCUACCUGGUCAGCUUCCUGGGCAGCCUGUCUGUGCUGCCAGGCAACAUCAUCUCUGCUCUGCUCAUGGACAAAAUUGGGAGGAUAAAGAUGAUUGGUGGCUCGAUGCUGAUCUCAGCUGUGUGCUGCUUCUUCCUGUUCUUCGGGAACAGCGAGUCGGCGAUGAUCGGCUGGCAGUGCCUCUUCUGUGGGGCCAGCAUCGCCGCCUGGAACGCCCUGGAUGUCAUCACCGUGGAGCUCUACCCCACCGACAAAAGGGCAACAGCCUUUGGCAUCCUCAAUGGGCUUUGCAAGUUUGGUGCCAUCCUGGGGAACUCCAUCUUCUCCUCCUUCGUAGGGAUAACCAAGGUGGUUCCCAUCCUUCUGGCCUCCUCCGCUCUGGUUGGAGGUGGCCUGCUGGCUCUGCGCCUGCCAGAGACUCGAGAACAGGUCCUGAUGUGAGCAGCAGAGGCUGUGGGGGCUUGUGUGUGGGGGGGCAGAUAUAGGAGAAGAACAAAAAAGAGCCGUGUCUGGAAAAGCCCAAAAAGUUUAUUCUGUACUGUUCUGUGGGUACCUCAAAGCAAGGCGGCAGAGGGAAAGAAGAACCCGCAGGGAUUUAAACAAAACCGUCGUUCCUGACCUUAUCACAGCCACAGCUGGUGCAUGCAGCCCCCACACACCCCUUGCAGAGCUUGGGUUCCACCCUGCCCCUGUCCAUCCCCCUGCAAGGACACCAGUGGCUCCGUGCCCGCGUGGGUGUGACACGGGAGGACAGACCCGACCCUCCUGCCCCUGCCCAGCUGGGACACCCUGGGACACCCUGGGACACCCUGGGACACCCUGCCCUGCCUGCCCAGCACUCCUUGGUCAGCCUCCUCAGCUGUCUCAGACAUGCAGAGCGUCUGGGGCAGGCAGGUAACAAACCUGCUGUAGGUGAGCUCCAGCAACAGGGGGAAGAGUUGCAGAUGUGGCCAGAGGUCUCAGCUGUCUUGAUUUUGGGAUUACCACUCCACCCACCUGGAAAAGUGAUUAUCCUGAUUUCUUGAGGAUGUAAGGUGGGUGGUUAGAUGUCUCAGAAGACUCAGAGCUUCAAAGCCCUUUACUGUUUACUUGGGCACAGGGAAUCACUAGACACCUUCUUGCUGUGGAAGAGAAAUAUCUAAAUAAUUAUAUCUAUAUAUAUGUAUUUACACCUACUUGCAAGCAUACAUACACCCACUGAAGUGAUCAGCUACUUAAAUUUAGGAUUUCUAAUUUCUGCACCCUUAAGAGGAUUUUAAGAGUGGCACUAGAAACAAAUCCCAGUAAUUCAAGUUUAUCAGGAGUCACGACCAACUUAGUGACACUUUGUUCUUUACAUCCAGAUACCAAAUAUUUAAAUGUAUUUGUGGCUGGGAAUAUUUCUAUAAUGAUUAAGAGGGUUUUUUCCCUACAACUUUCACAGAGGAGAAAUUGAUAUGAUAUUGGAGCAUUCCACAAACCAAAUGUGUACAUAUUAUCCAGUGUAAAUAGGGGAUUUUUGCCUAAUACCUAGAGAAUGGUAACUGUGAAUUUACCAGCAUUUUAGCCAUAUUAUUUGAAGAAUAUGAUGCUUGAUUUUAUAAUAUACUUGGGUCUCAUUGAAACACUGUAAGCACAGUUACUUAAAGCCAUUUAACUUGUUACACAGGGAAUGCACACAGCAAGCUUUCGCUGCACAGAACACUAAAUUCCCCAUUAAGUGGCAUAGUUUAGUUUGAUAUCCUGUAGAGAACAUUUCUGAAAUUCAUGUGCCCUUUUUAUCAUACAAGUCCUGUUGCACCUAGAGGCAGAGCGAGUUGUGUAUUUUGGGUGUGCUUUCUUGAGAAACCAGAAUGAAAAGCACCCUGUUCAAUAACACACCAGUGCUCACAAUGGAUGAGAUAACACUAAUUAUACCCUUUCAACAAGCUCAGCAACAGACCAGAAUUGAUCUGAAACCACCACGUAGCGCAGCUAAUUUAUCAAACCAGGAUAUUUUGUGACAUAAAAAAGUUCUUUUGUACUUUUGCUGGUGAUCUUCUCAUUUACCUUUUGUUGGAUCUUGUUUGUUGGUUUUUGUUUGGGUUUGCUUUUUUUUGGUGAUUUUUUUUUAAGAAAACCAAGCAAGGCUAGGCUGAAAUCCUGCAGGAGUGAUGUCUCACAGCCCUGCCUUUGGCUGCACUUAGGCUGGCUGGCACCAGGGCCAGCCCAGGCUGCAGCUGUGGGACUCAGCGUGGUGCUGCUGCAGGGGCAGCUGAAGGACACAGCAGGGAUAGAUCACAAGCAGCAAAUCCUUGCCAAUGAGGCAAAAGCCUCUAAUGGGCAUCACUUUUAUCAUUGUGUCAAUCAGGGAUAAACACUCAUGGAUCAGCUAGGCUACAAUGGGCUGUUUGAGAUUUUUGACCUUUAUUCUGAGGUUUAUGAAAUUGAUGAAAUCACAAGCUGCUGUAAUAACCAAGCUUUUGAUGCCUCAUUUCUUCAUUUUAUGGGUAGCUUAGGGCUUAUUAUUAUUAUUAUUAAUUUUAUUUAUUUGUCUUCUAAACAGCAAGGUUCCUUCUCUAAGGUAGGAGUGAAUGUAAUUAUGUCCUUUGGCAGCAGUUCACAGCUUCUGUUCAGAAUCACAGCCCAGAAUGUGGGUUUUUUCUCUAGGAAUAUCAGGUCUUUUUGCAUGAUGAGAAACAGUUUAAAUAUGUAUUUUAACACAAAAGGUCACCAUGACCUUUAGGUUUUAUCCAUUUUGUUGGGUUGUGCUUGCCAGUUACCAUAUUGCAACUGGACAGAGGGGGAGAAAUUUUGUUUCGUUUUCUGGAUGAUUUGCUUGUGCUGCUCUGAGGAGCUAGAACCUAUUUGUCUAAAUAUUUAUUUUGCAUAAUAUUCGUAUUUACAUAUCACCCAACGCUCACAGCAAACCUGACUAUUUGUGUUCUCCAUUGACAUUUUGCAGUGACAUUAAUGACAUCAUUUAUUUAGCAAAGCUUCCCUGUUAAUUUUCAGAGAAGGAAGAAACUGAAAUCAUGAGGAGAUAGAAAUGGCAAGGUAGUAUUAGGAAAUAUUAUCCAAACUUAGAAACCUUUCUUCCUUACAAAAUUACUAAACCUCACCUCACAGACCAGCUGGGAACAGGUAAAGAGUAAAGGGAUCUCAUUGUCAGUGUCACCUGGAAAUUCUUUGCACCCCUAAAAUUCAUGGGUCAGUCACUUGAGGGCUAAGGGAUAUUGCACGUGUUGGGACAAGGCUCCUACCCCUGACUUGACCAGGGAGUUUGUGACCUAACAGGAGAGAGCAAACACACAGCACAGCUCUGGCGUAUGAGAGCCUGAGAUAAAGGACAGCUAAGGGCAGAGAAGGAAGCAAGGAAAAGCUGAGGAGAGCUCCCAUCACCUAGCAGAGACACCUCGGGCUGGACUGCAUGGAUUGCCAUUAUUCCCAGCUGAAAAGGCUGAGGGAAUGUGUGGGACCCUGCCCAGGCCCUGUGUGAGCUGGAGAUGACUGGCCUUGGACAGUCCUUCUUCUUCAGGGACAGAGAGAUCCAGGGCAACAGCUCCAGCUCAGGCAUUGCAUUUGUGCCACCUGGGCUGAAAUCUCCCACCCACUUCAGUGGGGACAGGCUUAGUCAAUAUUCCCAAUGUGUUUGUUUGCUGUCCUUGUCAUGGUGUAAAUCAGUGUAGGUAUCACUGCUGCUCUCCAGGGCAAAACAGCAUCUGGGUGCAGACUCCUCUUCAUUGGCUGGGGUUUGUUUUGGGCUCAGUUUCAAACCUUGGCCACCUGCUAGGCUUAGCCUCAGUCACAGAUCCUUGAGCCUCAAGCAAGGGAAGAUUUCUCCUCAGGCACCUCCUCUGAUGGCUCAGCUCAAUUUCUGCUGUAAAAUCAUCAUUGCCCCUGCUGUUCAAGGGCCAGCACAUCUCCUCCCUCAGUUCCCCUGCCCAUGCCUGCCACAGGGAACUGCCUCUGUCUUGGACACACUGGACCAUCCACGGAGAAAUCUGCUGGCCACAGGUCCCCUGAUGGUCUCUGCACAGCACCAUUUCCAUGGAUUUGUGAACUUCACUGCAACAGGAGCACAGAGGACCAAGGCAGGGCACUUGCCUUAAAUCCCAAAGAUCUCUUCUAGAGGACAGCUGGAUCUCCUCAUGCCUGUGUGGCACAGCAGGACUUAGCCAGGGACAUUGUGGCAUGGGAAAGGUGAGUCUAGGGCACCCAGACUGGCCUGCUGUGGCUCUGUGUUUUCAGCUCUGCAGCACUGUAGCAGGAGGAGUCCAUUGCUGAAUUUCUGAGCAUGCAGACACAGGCUUUUAUAGGAACACCAAGCACUGUUGAUACUAUUAUUAAAGACCAGUGGGAUUACAAUAAGAGUUCUGCCUCCUUGUAUUCCCUGUUGAUUUAACAGGUUGUGGUAUCGUGAUUUAUUUUCUCCAGUUGUGCAGGACAGCUCCUGUUACUGCCUUUGGCUCUGCUGCAUCCUAGAGGUGGUGGCUGCAGCUUGUGCUGGGUGGGGCGAUCCCCUCCCUGCCCAUACCAACAUCACUCUGAAAUUCCUUGAAAUGCUAUGGGACUUACAAAUGGUGUUGUAUGGGAUCUUUUGGACUAUGAAGAGGGUCGGCCUUGGAAAACCCAUAUGCAGUGCUAGAGGUUCUGCACACUGGGAAGUGCUCAGGCACAUCCUGAUGUCCUUCAGUGAUACUGGAGAGGCACUGAGGGAUGGAUGUUCCCCGAGCCUGGGAGUGCUCCAGCCCCAAGGCUGCCUUCACACAAGGGCACAGAGCAGGACUGCAUGGAGCUGAGCUUUCUGCAGAUUCCAGGUCCCUUCCAGGUCCUGCUUUGAGACCUCCAACAGCAGAGUAUACUGUGAUGCUCUUAAGGAGGCCCAAAAUCCUUUUAUAUUCCCUGCUUAUGUCCUUUGACUUUCCAAAGGAGUCACAAAACCUGAGAGGAUAUUUUUUAGGUUUAGAUUCGAGUCCUAUGUAUUUUAUUUUGCAUUAAGUUUCUCCCUCAGUUUCUUACCCUUAUAUUAGCAAAUGCUGCUUUUAGGAAGAAUCAAGCCUGAGAACUGUGAAGGAAACAAAAUUAAAUUAAUUUCUUUGCUGUAUGUGAUGCUAGUGCUGUAUAAAUGUACACAAACUGCAAGUCCCACUGUAAAUAACACCUGGUGUUGUACUUUAAUGGAAAGUUUCAUUUAGAUGUUCUGUCAACUCUGUGUGUGAAAUAGCCAAUUCCAGUCCCUUGGUUCCUUUUCUUCAUUUAAAACCUUCUUUUAUUUUUUUUAUUUGAUCUGUGUCUGGUCGUCACUGGAAAUUGAAGCUGUUCUAAUGGACUUUGUUCUCUCUGUCACAUUAAAAGGCUGGAAGAAAAA